AUGCCUUCAGUCAACACUUUCAUCACCGCCCUCGUAGCUGGUUUUGCCAUUGGAGCUCAUGCUGGUCCUUGCAGACCUCAUGCUUCAAGCUCUGUUAUUCAGUAUCCUGUUUCUACCACUCAACAGACCGCAGCCGGAACUUCCGCUGCCUACACUUAUGUUGUGAGCAAGUCUGAUGCCAAGACUUCUCUUUCUACUACGGCUGUGCAAGUCACCAGCUCUACCAAGGACGAGUCUGAGCCUGCCGCUAAAACUACACCGACUGCUAAGGAGGACGCAACAUCUGCCCCUUACACUUCAACAUCAGUCCCAGAAACCACUUCGAAGCCAAAGACCACUCUCGAGACCACUACCGUCGCACCUACAACGACCUCCAAACCUACCACAACUACCUCAGAAGCUUACACAACCACCUCCGCUGCCGCCACCUCCAGCUGUCCUCCCAGCUCUGAGCUCACCUGCGCCAAGACUGGCUUCUUCAGCAACGCCGAUAGCAAUCUCAUUCAAGUCUACUACGAUUAUAACCUUAGCCAGUGUCAGGAGGAGUGUGAAAAGACUGACAACUGCAAGACCAUUGGUAUCACCACUAGCAACCAGUGUGAGCUCUACGAUGCUGCUGUUUCUGCCCUUGGAUUUGAGUUUAGGGACGGCUGGUACUACUCCGUCUACGAUGCUUGUUGCUUCAAGACGUGA